GCUCCUCCAUCUUCUGUGAAUCCUUGGGGAUGCUUUUGCCAGCCGAGCCCCCUCUCCUCACUCUGGCCGGACCCCAGCCCCCCCGGUCCCCUCCAGCAGCCCCAGGAAGCAGGAGUGUGUGGUGCCGGUCACGCACGCCCGUGUCUUUGCCCUCCUGCCUGAAACCGCCAAGAGAGAGAGAGGGAAGCGGGAACGCCAUGCCCAAGAAAUACACCCUCAAGCAGAGCUCCCCCAGCUGCGAACUGGCCAACGUGGCCAAUCUAAACCACUGGAAGGAUUCCACCAUGGGGAACUCUGACACAGACCGGAAAGCAUCCUAUGAGGAUGCCUCUGGGGAGCACGGGGAGGUCGUCAGCACGAUUUCCAGCAGCAGGAACCCGCUGCAGCCGCCGGACACCUCCUCGGAGGAGCCUUUUACCACCUACUUCGACAACAAGAUCCCGAUUCCCGAAGAUGAAACGCACUCGUGCUUCAGUUUCCGCAAGCUCUGGGCUUUCACAGGGCCAGGCUUUCUGAUGAGCAUUGCCUACCUGGAUCCAGGCAACAUCGAGUCGGAUUUACAGUCCGGGGCUGUCGCAGGAUUUAAGCUGCUGUGGGUCCUGAUGCUGGCGACAAUCAUCGGACUGCUCCUGCAGCGGCUGGCCGCGAGGCUGGGGGUGGUGACGGGGCUGCACCUCGCCGAAGUGUGCAACCGGCAGUACCAGAAGGUGCCUCGGAUUAUCCUGUGGCUGAUGGUUGAACUCGCUAUCAUUGGAUCCGAUAUGCAAGAAGUCAUUGGCUCGGCCAUUGCUAUUAACCUCCUGUCUGUGGGGAAGAUCCCGCUGUGGGGUGGCGUGCUCAUCACCAUUGCCGACACGUUCGUGUUUCUCUUCCUGGACAAAUAUGGCUUGCGAAAACUGGAAGCGUUCUUUGGGUUUCUGAUUACCAUCAUGGCUCUAACGUUUGGAUAUGAGUAUAUCACAGUAAAACCCAGCCAGGAGAAGCUGCUAAAGGGGCUGUUCAUCCCGUACUGCCAGAACUGCGGCACGACCCAGCUGGAGCAAGCCGUGGGAAUCGUGGGUGCUGUUAUCAUGCCACACAACAUGUAUUUGCACUCUGCCUUGGUCAAGUCCCGGCAAGUGAACCGUGCAAACAAGAGGGAAGUACGAGAAGCUAAUAAGUAUUUCUUCAUCGAGUCCUGCAUCGCUCUCUUUGUCUCCUUCAUCAUUAACAUCUUUGUUGUGACCGUCUUCGCUGAGGCUUUCUUUGAAAAGACGAACGCAGAUGUGAACGGCGUCUGCAUGAACGCCAGCAGCCCGCACUCCUCGCUCUUCCCAAACAACAAUGAGACGCUGGAAGUGGAUAUCUACAAAGGGGGUGUCGUUCUGGGCUGUUACUUCGGCCCUGCUGCUCUCUAUAUCUGGGCAAUUGGGAUCCUCGCUGCCGGCCAGAGCUCAACAAUGACGGGGACGUACUCUGGGCAGUUCGUCAUGGAGGGCUUUCUGAACCUGCGGUGGUCCCGUUUUGCCCGGGUGCUGCUGACCCGCUCUAUUGCCAUCACCCCCACCCUCUUCGUCGCCAUCUUUCAGGACGUCGAACACCUGACUGGCAUGAAUGACUUCUUAAAUGUUCUUAUGAGCCUCCAGCUUCCGUUCGCUUUGAUCCCCAUCCUGACAUUCACCAGCCUGCCCAGUGUCAUGAACGAUUUUGCCAAUGGACUGUUCUGGAAGAUCGCUGGUGGCAUUCUGAUCCUCCUGAUCUGCAGCAUUAACAUGUACUUUGUGGUGGCCUAUGUCAUGUCCCUGAACCACGUGGCUUUGUACAUCGGGGCUGCGAUUCUCAGCGUGAUCUACCUGUCCUUCGUGGUGUAUUUGGGCUGGCUGUGUCUCAUCGCUCUGGGAGUCUCCUUCCUGGCCUGCGGGAAAACGCGCCACUUGGGAUUCGCCGCUCGCCCUGAACUCUUCCUCCUCAACAACGUCGACGCGGACACGCCCGUCACCAGAUGAUUCCAGCUGCUGCGGUCGUAAGGAUAGAACCGGUUUUAACGGAAACCCUUCUUGUGCCGCAGAAAAGUCUCCUCCAUCACUCGAGCUUAGCACAGAACCAGGCACACGGUUGGGGGUUGUGAGCGGAGCCCGGAAUUUCUUCCGGGGAGGACAACGGGAUCGGACCGUCCCGUCAGUGGCGAGAAGAACAGCAGAGCCGGCGCCUCGCAUUGGCCAUGGGGGGAGAUCCCAGCUCUGAACCACAAUGUUGCCGAUCUUGGGGGCUUUUAGGUACCUCUACAGUUAUUCCCCCCCUUUUUUUUUUUCCCCCAAAUAGCUGAUCUGGGAAAGGAUUCAUUGACAUCUUCCUGAUUUUGAUUCAAAUUUCUCCUGUCUGGUUGGUAGAUCUGGUGUGACACUAAUCCUUUUUUUUUUUUUUUUCUUAAUUUGGGAAAAGUCCAGGCUUGGAAAACCAAGCAGGGGCAGCAUUUCAUUACAAGUGUUUUUAUCGAGGGGCUGCGCUCAGAUUAGGGGGAAUGAGAGAAACCACGGUGAGACGCCACCGAGAAACCCGGGUUUCGUGACUGCCGGGGCAAUCCCGCCAUCCCUCUCUGCAUCCCCCAGGGAAUUACAGACGGUUUUGCCAGAAAACCUGGCCGUAUAUGACCUCCUCCACGUGAAGAUCUCCCGCUCUGAGACGGCAGCUGCUUCUCCUUCCCACCGGCGUUUUUCCCAGCCUGGAGCCGGUUCCUCCCUCUGCGCAGGCGGCAGCAAAGCUGCUAUUAUCAGAAUUUCAAUUAAAAGCCGAAUUUGCUGGCCAGGCUCCGUCCCGCACCGGCCUUUUGCCCGGUAAAAGCUGGAAAGGGUUUGCACAUGCAGGACGGAGCUGUUUUCCUGGCAUUUCAAGAAGUUUCGGGUGCUGCCAGAGCCCAAAACUGAUCCUCAAGCCGAGUUUAAGGUCAGCAGGCUCCACCAGCGACGCGCUUCUUAUCUCCCCCCCACUCCUCCUCCUCCUCAUCCUCCUCCUCUCCUUCUUAUUUUGGUUGAUUUGUUUUGAGCCCCAGAUGGAGGGUGGGUUUAGAUGUCAUAUCUUGCCUUUCCUUUAAUUAAAUCUUCUGGUUUAAUUAAACCUUUUCCCAAUUAAGCCUUUUUGUUUCUAUGUACUUGGCACCGACUACGCUGCAGCUCGUGAAGAAUGCGACAGAGGGGCCAGACUUUUCCGGGAAAAGAUUCGAUUUAACCUUUUCUGUUCAGCUUUCAGCCCGUUUUAGAAAUAAACUGAUGUUCCCGCUCCCUUUUCCUGGAGGAA